CCGACUUCUAUCAAACCCGCCAAUUCGGUAACAAUUUUCGAAAACCCUAAUUUUAUAAGUAAACACACAAUCUCCAUAGUUUAUCGUCUCCUCCACUCACUGUGCGUUGAAACCCUAGAAAAAGAACACCAAAAUCACCAUCAGUUUUCAUGGCGCCGAAGAAGGAGAAGGCUCCGCCACCGUCAUCUAAGCCGGCCAAAUCAGGUGGUGGAAAGCAGAAAAAGAAGAAGUGGAGCAAAGGAAAGCAAAAGGAGAAGGUCAACAACAUGGUUUUGUUUGAUAAGGCAACAUAUGACAAGCUUCUUUCUGAAGCUCCAAAAUUCAAACUCAUCACUCCUUCCAUCUUGUCAGACAGAUUAAGGAUUAAUGGUUCCUUGGCGCGCAAGGCAAUCAAGGAUUUGAUGGCAAGAGGUGCGAUAAGGAUGGUAUCUGCUCAUGCUAGCCAACAGAUCUACACCAGGGCUACCAAUACUUGAGAUUUAAACGGCUUUUUAAGGCGAUCUUUAUUUUCUUAUUUCUGGUAUUGAGUUUAUGUAUUGUAACAGCUAAGAGGUAAAAGCCAUACUUUUGUUCACUUUAAUUUGUUACUGUUUUAUUUUCAGAUUUAAUUUUGCCAUUGUGCUUUAUCCAAGUGGUUAGUUCUAAACUUUAAA